AUGGCCGGCCCUAUCCAUACUUACGGUUCGACAUGUCUUCUUUGCGAUGAUGAUCCUGACCCCUCAACCUGGUAUACCUCAGACAAGCCACCCAAAGUUCGCCCACAGUUCUUCUAUAUGUCGUCACUGCCAAUCGAUGAUCCCUUGAGUUCCUUACCUCCUCCUUCCGGCAGCCAGGAUUCGGGAAACGAUAGAACACCGCCCCAACCAUUUUCGGUCAGAGAUAAUAUCGUGCUGGAAGAGAAAUGGCUGUCUUUACUGCGAGCCAGGAAGCAGAAGCAAUCUAGGGGGCUACAAUUGCAGGGAAGCUCUUUGGGUCUGUUAAAUAAAAGGAUUUCGGUCCCUGUACCCAGGUCAUUGCCAGAGGAUCGCAAGAGGCCUACGGAUACCUAUGGGGAGGGCAGCCUGGUUGAAAGUCAACCAAGCCUCCCUGAACUCUCACUAGAUGAACGAGCAUCACAAUUAUUCAGAAUACGGCCCAGCGGCGGAUCCAGUGGAGUGGAAGCAGAUACCAGAGACUCAACAGAGAGAAUACUCGCACGCUCUACAUCGGAAAACGCUAUAAAAAGUAACGAUCAAUCUGGUCCACUUUGUUACCGGAAGAGGGAAUUGUCGCCUAGCAACAGUGUCAGGGCUACCAGGCGCAAGACCAACGAGUCAAUACACAGUGAAGACGACGCUAUUGACGGAACAGAAAACGCAAGCCCACGUGGUUGUUCUUCGCGUGCUGGAAGCAUUUCUGGCUCCCCGUUUGCAAGGGCCGCCUCCACCCAACCACAAAGCCUAUUAGGACACUCCAUUGAGACCAUGUCGUCGAGGGAUGACAAUGAGGGGCUGCAGACCGAGGUAUCGGUCAAUGUGUCCAGCCAUGUAGCACUGAAACCUUCUGGGCUGAGAAUUAGCGCCCAUCCAGAAGAAUUGUGGGAAGAUUCUAUAGAAGAAAAUGAAGGAGACAAGGAAAGUGAGAAGGCCCAGAUGAAAAUCCCUGUAGGAGUCUCCCGUCUUCACCUGGUGGAAUUGCCAAAUUUAAAGAUGAAACCAAUAUACUGGAGUCCUCUUCAUGACAUCUCAAGUGUUGUUCGCGCCACAUGGUUCUACAAAAAUACUAUGUUACCUGUGGAAACAGAACUCGCCAAUAAGCUCGAGGAUGGAUACGUAUACCUGAAACCAUGGACCGAGACAUGGCAAGACGAGCUCAACAGCUGUGCGGAGAAUGGUGCGGAUGCCGAAAUGAAAAUUGUACACAGGUUGUGGCCGAAGGAUGAACGAAAAAGCCAGCGCUCGUCUACAACGACCCAGGAUCAAAGGCCGUUCACUCCUGACCCUGGCAAAGGCGAAACAUAUGCAAAUACCAAAUUUUACGACGCUGACAUAGAUGAGAACCGUGCCGCUGGUGGAACAGCCUCUCAUUCAGAGGCUGUCAAGCCCUUCUUGCACUCGAGUGUCAUCUACGUUGACGGAAAGGAUGCACAAAUUCUCAGGCCCAGUUUGCUCCCUUCUGUGGCGAGAGGAAGACGACCACUCAGUUCGAUUCGCAAAGGUCGUCAAAUAGGGAUCCCCGUAAUUCGAGGUUUUAGCAGAAGACUGUGGGAACAGUUGCAUCCGUCCAAGCCAAGUCCAGUUGAUGUCAGAAACUAUCUUCGAACCACCCAGGCUCGCACCAUGGCCAGGACGAGUGGCGGCAGACAGAUUUGCUAUGCCUGUGCAAUGGAAGGCUCACGACCUGCUCCAACUGACCUAAUACUUGUCAUACAUGGAAUAGGUCAAAAGCUCUCGGAGCGCAUGGAGAGCUUCCAUUUCACGCAUGCCAUCAAUGCUUUCCGUAGGAAUGUCAAUGUGGAGCUGAACAGUGAACCGGUCUGGCCACACGCACGGCAGGGUCAUGGUGGGAUCAUGGUUCUUCCUGUUAAUUGGCGCUCGACUCUGUCUUUAGACGAUGCUAACCCCGAAACCCAGGCAGCUGAGGAUCCUACAGCCAAUAACUUCACCCUACAGGACAUUACUCCAGAUACAAUACCCGCAGUUAGGUCCCUAAUCAGUGAUGUCAUGCUUGAUAUCCCUUACUAUCUAUCACACCACAAACCGAGGAUGGUUCAAGCAGUCGUGAAAGAAGCCAAUCGCGUGUAUCGACUAUGGUGCAAGAACAAUCCUGGUUUCCAGCAGAGUGGCCGUGUGCAUUUGCUUGCACACUCCCUUGGAAGCAUAAUGGCACUGGACAUCCUCAGCCACCAGCCAACUAAAAUACCAGAUUUUGACUUUUCGAAAACACAGAUUCACGGGAACAUCUUCGAAUUUGACACUAAGAACUUAUUCAUUUGUGGAAGUCCAGCGGGGUUCUUCUUACUUCUAAACAAAGCGAAUCUUUUACCUCGUCGAGGCAGAGACAAACCGGGAUGUGAAGGAGAAGACUGCCUCCCAGGAGUUGCAGGGGAAGCGGGCACCUAUGGAUGUCUAGCUGUGGACAACCUUUACAAUAUUAUGCAUACAACAGACCCAAUUGCAUAUCGAGUCAACGCCGCAGUCGACAGCGAUCUGGCCAAUUCCCUGAAAACCGCUGCCAUCCCAAGCUCCUCCGCAUCAUUUUGGCAGUCAUUCGGCAGCGUCUUCCGCUGGGGCUCGUCUCCUUCUUAUAUGUCUUCUGCAGCCCCCUCCCGCCCCGCUGCUGUUUCUAAACUCCCAUCCAACGUUGAGCUGGAAACUCACGAUUUCACUCGUGAGGAAAUCGCAGAGAAGCGCAUGCUUCUUCUCAACGACAAUGCACAGAUCGACUACUUCCUGUCUGGUGGCGGUGGCCCUCUGAACAUCCAAUAUCUCAACAUGCUGAGUGCACAUAGCAGUUACUGGACUCUAACAGAUUUUGUCCGCUUCCUUGUGAUUGAAAUUGCCCGCAAGCAAGGCAGGGAUGCAACCCUCCCAGCUUUACGGGCCGAGAAGAAAAAGGGUUGGAAAAUCCACAAGGGAUGA